GGUUUAACACGGGGCUGGGAUAGCAGUAGCCAAUCAUAGAGUGUGUUGUUUAAGAGUCGGCUCAUUUGAAACGGCAUAGCAAGCGUUUUCCAACUGCCGGAAUGACCACUUCACAGAAGUGUGGUCACCUGCAAAUUAUACAAAAGAUGUCCUCAGAAGAAGAGGAACCAGGCAGUCCUGUUCUGCCCAAGGACUCUGAUCGGGGCAGCUCUGUCUCCUCUGAGCUCCAGGAUGAGUAUGAGGAGCUUCUUCGCCAUGCUGUGGUCACUCCUAAACUUGAGACACUCACCAGUGCUCACUUGAGGCAGCUGAGCACCUCAUAUCUGUCUGCAGAGGGUUGGAAUUACCAGAGAAAAGAUGACACAAAAUCUCAGCGCCCAACAGAUGUCACUGUGAAAGACGGGAGGCAUUCUAGCAGGAGCUUGACAUCACAAGCCUCACCCUUGAUUGUUGAGCCCUCCACACACUCAAGAGCCUCUCAUGCUGAGGAGAUUGCAAGUCGGCCAUCUAGCAGGGCGUCAGUGCUCUCAGUCGCUCUCACAGACAGGUUACACAUGGCGUCUGAGAGGUCCAGGCCGAACAGCCCGGACCCCCUCGAGUCUACUGUGACAGAAAUGUUUAUCUCAGAGGAGAACAUAAGCAAGAUGGAAAGCAUUCUGGACACAUGGAGCAGUAACCUUAAAUCAAAUGUACUGACUGAGCUCAGGAAGUGGAAGUUGGCAUUCAAGGAGCAACACAAGCUGGAGAUGAAGAAAGAGAGGGAGAGGUAUGAAUCCCAGACAGCUGGCCUGAAGUCUGAAUUAGAAAGCCUGAAGGGGCUGCUACAAACCUACGAGACUUCCAACCAGAGAAAGGAUGAGGUGAUUACGAACCUCAGUCAGGUGCUGAACAGACAAAAAGAAAAGCUUGAAAAGAUGAAGACCUUCACCCACUGGAGGCUUAAGCACACUGAGGUCAAAGAAGAGACUCUUGCUGCUCGGGCAGCACAGCAGCACUACAGUUUGCAGCUGAAGAAGAAGGUGUUUUUCGGUUGGCACUCUUUGGUCCAGAAACACUGGAAGGUCAAGGUGGAGCAGGCUUGCCGUGUAAGGGCUGAAGAAGUCUGCACCCGUCUGUCUACAGAGUAUGAGGCCAAGCUGGCAGAGCACUGCGAGGCUAUAGAGAAGGCCCAGGCAGAGAUUCAAAGGCUACGACUAGAGCGAGAGCGCUAUGAGGAAUCUAUGAAGAAAGCCUUCAUGAGGGGCGUAUGUGCUCUUAACAUCGAGGCUCUGGGCAUGUUCCACCCCAUAGAAGGACGACCGGAGCGACCUCCAGCUCAUGAUCAGCAUGAUAUUCUGCCUCCCCAGGAUGAGCCUGGCUCAGCUUCACUGGCCCACCUUCAGACAUAUCCGAUCUCAUCCACACGGUUCAGCCCAGUCCACUUCCCGGACCCUUCCCAUAGUGAAGUGGAGGAUAUGAUUCCUUUUCCUCAGGUGGCUUCUGGUGGCCCAGUGUCCAGGGCAGAAGUGCUGCCUCCCUCUGCCAUGGUGCACAGUUCACUCCCACUUGGGGACGCUGCAAGUUCCCACAAACAGGUCAGUGGUCGUGUGGUCACAGCCAGUCAACAAAAACCUGCUAAGACGGUAACAGCUCGCAUCGCUGCACGUAGCGACGUUGGUAAGACUGCACGCAGCAAUCUGCAGGUGAUGGGUGUGGCUCCGCCCAUGAGCUCUGUGAUAGUUGAACGUCAUCAUCCUGUCACACAGCUCACUGUCGGUCAGGCCACAGCUGCUAAGUUUCCUCGCUCCUCCCAGCAAGGCCACAGCUCCACCGGAGGCCGAAGCUCCACCAGAACACACACCAGCACGUGCCAAGUGCACUCCAUCAAAGUAGUUGACUGACCACACACCCAUACUGUAUCUCACAGAAAGUUUUGUUCACCUAGUCUAAAAUGAAUAAUUUACACAUCCUAUGCAACAGUCCUACAAAUAGUCACAUUAGUUUCAUGUGCUUAAUAUCUAGAGAUCUUGGAAUUAAUUCACACAUUUUUCUUAGCAAUAGUGUUUUUCCACAGGAAAAGGGUAUGUAGACACAAUUGUUUGAACAGCAAGUAUAAAUAUUUCCAGUUUUUAAAAGCUGAACCGAGUUUAGAAUUGCAAAACUGGAAUUUGUUUCUUUGAAAAAUUAAUUAUGUGAAAAUUAUGUGAGACUGUUGUAAAAUGUGUAAAAUCACAUAUUUUAAUAUUUGUGUUAGCAAUAUUUUCAACUGAUACCAGCCGUCCAGCAUCACAGGUAUUUUACUUUUCUAAACCAAAGCCAUGUGUUAAUGAUUUGUCGCACAAUUUUAUUUUUAAAAUAAAUUAUUUUACUGCUAA